GGCUUCGGACAAUACAAAUUCCACGCGGACAAAGCAAGUCAUGGAGACACCUGGAGAAGUGUGCAAGUGGCUGGUAUAUUCGCUGUUAUGCGUCGCGGCCGAUGCCUUUGACACGAUCUUGUCCGUCGUUGCCUCAAACGGCACGCCCAAACCGAGUCUACUCCCUUCGGACGUAGAUGAGCUAGGUGACAACCAGAUUCUCGAGCUCAGGCAAAAGGCACCGGACCUACCCGCAAGUAAUGGUAUCUUCUGGAUCACGCCACACACAAAGGGAAAGGCAUCGCAGGACUUCGAGGAAGAUGCUGCUGAUGCAUCGGAAGCAAACACCCUCAACCUCGUGUUCGUAAAGACGAGUAUCCCCGUUCCACGAAUUCGUCGUGUCGUAAAGCGGAAGUGGGAUCACCUCAUUGUCAUGGAUUAUGUCAGGGGUCCAACUCUGGCUGAAAUCUGGCCAAAAUCAUCCAUAUGGAAGAAGAUCUAUGUCGCUUUCACUUUGCAUCGCUAUGUCCGGCAACUUCGGUGUCUGAAGGCAUCUCCUACCACGCCUCCAGGACCGCUCAGCGUGCAAGGACCACGGACUUGUGAAUCGCCAAUUUCGGUCCGCUCCUCGCCGUGGACCAUUCGCCUCGUAUGCGGAACUUUCGAUCUUUUUCAACGAAUGGUGCAAAAUGGCAUUGGACUCGGAUCAAGUUCCCGAAGACGAUCCGUCGAGGAAAGAGUCAUUCGAUGAUUCCUCACCACUCGUUCUUACACACCAAGAUAUCAAUCCCCGGAACAUAAUCGUAGGCGAAGAUGGUCGACUUUAGAUGAUCGACUGGGCAUGGGCAGGAUACUAUCCUCCUUGGUUCGAGUAUGUAACAAUGCAGAGACAGAAGGAG